CCCCACCACCUGCUGCACCGUCGCCGUCUUGCUCCUGUUUCCUCGCGCCUCCGCCGCUCUUUCACCUUCUUUGCAUCUUCCGGUUUCCGUCUUCCAAUAACCCGCCACGAAGAACAUUCAAAGCCUCUUCUUCUUUCGUCGUUGCCCCCCUUACCCUCCGUUAGGGCAAGGACGUUCGCGAUGUGAGGAGGAGGGAAAAACCGAAAAUAGGGUCAAGUUAUGGGACCAAACAAUAAAAAUAAAAAUAAGAACAAGUUAACAUCAUUUGAUCGUCCUGAUCGGCAUGAUUUGUGUUCCUUACCGCGCGCCCAUCUAUCGGGAAAGCUCAACCUUGCCCCGUUCGAUUCACUCCGUCAGCGCUGGGGUUUCGCCCAUGUAAAAAACCUUCUGCAUCUCCACUUCGUCUUCUCCCUCUCUCCCGACAAUCAUUGCACAACCACUUCUUCGCUUUAAAGCCUUCUUAUAAAUCUUUACAACUUUCAAUGGAGACGAAGCCGAGAGCCUGCCCAAAGGAAAAGUUCUCUGUGAGACGAGCGAAAGCGCACCACCAGGAAGACUGACAGACAACAGACACGGCGUUCAUGCCUCUGCGUCCAGGGACACGGAUACCUCGGAAUCAGCACCCAAAUCGCCUUCCCUUCUCGCCAAAGACUAUUCUCUUUCAUCCCCUUCAUCCUCCACAAACAGCGGGACGCCCAACUCUUCUGUUCUACCCACUCCACUUUCCCUUCCCACCUCCAGAGAGAGUGCCAAGACUCUAGACCAAGCUCUCCACCCUCGCCCCAGAACUCAAUGCUGUCGACCUGUACGUCGAGCUUUCCGAGCAGGCUCUUGACCAGGCGUCAAUCAUGUCGACACUGGCUGCUACAGAGCGUGUCAAAUCUCCCAACACUAUAGCCAAUCUUGUCGCUCGUGCUCAGCUUGCGUCGGGCGAAUCGUCGCUUGAGAUGCUUGGACACACUUUCGCCUUGGGCGUGGAGCUUGAUGAGGAUGACUUUAGGGCGCUCUUACAGGAUAUGGCGCUGUUGUCAAACGAGUGUCGGCAGCGGGCAGCGAAGCUCAAGGGUCACAAGGGGGCUGUUGUGUCCACUUUGGCUUGGGAGUCACUCAGGCAACUUGUCGAUGCCAAGAUAAUUUACGCCAAUAUGUUACGAUGGGUCUGGAGGCAGAGGAAGCCUAGAAGGAAUGGGCAUACCAAGACCGAGAAUCCGGGUUCGUUUGGGACGCCUUCGAGAAAUCAUGAUACGAGAGAAAAUGUGGGCCAGGCAAUCAAGGAAGAAGGUGAGGGUGAUAUCGAGCCUCAUCCUUUCCCUGUUAAACAUGGCUCGGUUUGUCAAAGUCAGGCCCCCUCUAGUCGCCAGGAAUCCAACUCUUCAUCAAACGAUUCCGAUGGUCUUGACGCUGCUCAUCGCAAGGGAUCAAACCCUCUCAUCGCGGUCAGCGAAGAUGCCGAGCUUUCCUCUUUCGCAAUUCAUCCCCGCUACAGGUCAUCUGCCACGUCCAUCCCUACUCCAGGCCGUCGAAGCGCCUGGCUUCCUUCACCUACAGAUAUGUCGUCACUCUAUUCUUCUCGUAAUCAAUCUAUUGCAUCUCAUGAAGGCAGCCACGAGGGUCUGCCAGUAUUGUACCGCACUCAAAGGAUAUCCUCGACCGGUUCCCUCAUUUUGCCGAAUGGUAUUAGUGCAUGGAACAGAAACCCUCCGUCAUGUACAUCCCGUCCGACGAUGAGUUUCAGGCUGUUCAUUCGUCAGAUCUUGUCAAGUCUGCGUGGAUAUUACUUGAGGCCAGCGUCAAACAUUACAGAAUGCGUUUUAAUAUCCUCACUGACUCCAACCUCCCCGCCGCCCAGCCCGAGCCAAGAAUGAAACCCUUGUCGCCAUCGCCUAUUCUGCUAUGUUAAUGGCUUCUCUCGCUCCUCGUUUCUUCCUUGCAAGCGAGAAGAGAGAAGCUCUGCUUGUUUCAGCAGAAGUUUAUAGUACCUGGGCCGCCCGUGAAGUGGGCUGGUCAUUCCUUAUUGAGGGUACAGAAGCUGCCCUUUUGGCAGAUAGACGUACCAACUCGUGGCGCGCAGAUGAGGCAGGUAAACGUGCAGCAAUGUUGCUGGUCAGGAUUUGGUGGCAUCGUGCUGUUACAAGUCAAACGAUCGAUGUCGACACUAAAACUCAUGCGAAGGAUGCGGUGGAAACGGUAGUGAAGAGAAUGAAAGAUAAAGAAGGGGUGAAGGAAGGAGAUGUCUUUAGAAUGAAGCAUUGGCUGUACGUGCAAGAGGGGGAGUUGGAUGCGGCCGAAGGGUUAUUCUGGAGGAGUGUAUGUAGGAGCUUGAGAGGUGGCCGUGGAUUCGUUAUGAGACAGAAUUCAUAGAAAGGAAAAGGAGGCAUCGGGCGUCUGGCGAGUGGAGCACUUCAGUUGUAAGGUCAUGUACGUAGGCCUUGUAAUAUUUGCCAGCCUUAUAAUCAUGGCUUGUGACUUUCUGUAUGCUUCGCAAUCUUGAUGCCCUACAACCGAUAGCCGAUAGCAAUUAUCGUAUCAGAUUAGCAACAACAUUAUCUUGACAUCCUUUCGCCAGGUCGCUCACGUCAUGUCAUCAAUACAGCAUCAAAUUG